UCUUUAAACGCCUUUUCUUAGGUCCCACAAUAUGGUGUGUGCUACUAAACUCUCCUGACGGAAUUUAAUGUAAUUAUCGGAUUACAGUGCUGCCGCUCCGAAGCUGCUAAUAUUUACGAUGCCGACGGACGUGCUUGCAUGCCCUGAUACACCGUAAGGGGAUUUUCUGUCCAAGUGGAGGGAGGAGCGCAUUACGCACAGACGGGCGAAGACGCGCACAGCCGCUCCUCACUCAGGUGGAGAUGCCAGCUGUAAAGUCGAAGCCGAGACCGAUUUAAGAAUAUCUUUGAAAUAACCGGGGUUUUGACAAAUCCCAGAGGGUCCAAAGAGGAACGGCAAGCGUCUCGUCCCAAACAAUUGUGUCUUUCUCUGUUAUGUCCGUGUCCUCUCUGCCAGAAUGGAAACAACUCCUACUGGAGAAAAAGAGGAGAGAGGAGGAGGAGCGAGAGAGGAGAGAAAAAGAAGAGGAGGAGAAACUCGCCAGCAUGCCUGCGUGGAAGCGGGGGAUCAUCGAGCGGAGGAGAGCAAAGCAGGAGGGUUUAGGUGACAAGGACAGAGAGAAGGAGAGAGAGGGCUUCCUCGUGCCAGUGGAGGCCAGAUCCCCCUCCGAUGGUCUGAGCGACACAGACAGCUCUGUGACGGUCAAUCUGGGGAGUGAACCGUCACUCAGUCCAGAUCCAGGGCAGUGGCUGGAUGCAGAGACCAAACCUCUUAGUCAGGUGUCCGUGGAAACCAUAGUCCCUGUUCAUGAAAACCCAUUCAUUCGCACCCAGAGUGGAUGGAGGAAGGGUAGGGAUGCUGAAAAGGCUGCAGAGGGGAAUGAGCAGGAAGCAGAGGUCGUCCAGACGACGGAGUCAGGACGAGGGACAGACAUAGAACUAAAAAUAGAGAGAUUCAGAGACAGGAAUGAGGGAAGGGAAGGAGAGAGAAAAAAGGAUAAAAGUGAGGGAAAGGAAAAAGAAGGCAACACAGACAGGAGUGAGGGAAGAGACAGAGAGACUAACAGGGACAGAGAUACAGAAAGAAGUCGGGAGCCAGUUAAGAAUGCUGUGAAAGAGCAGGGGGGAGAGAUAAAACAAGAAGAGAAAAGGGAAGAGAAAGACACGGACACUCCUUGCUCUCUAUUUGCUCCCCUUGUCUCUGGCCUUCGGACCAUCCGGGCCGACAACAUCAUCAUCAUCGAGCAGGAUAGGAAAGGUAGCGAUGAGAGGAGGGGGAAAUGGAGAGAGACAGAGCGAGAGAUGCCCGAGGAAGACCAACCGGAAAAGAGAGGGAUGAAGAUGGACCUCAGCGAGAUUCUGGCCGGUGGAGGGAGCGUCACCGAGAUCCGAGCCUCUGAGGUUCUGAUUAUAAAACCUUCACUAAGCCCUGAGGAGAGGAGUGCAGGAGGGGGCGGCGGCAAAUGGUCGGGUCGAGAUAAUGGAGAGAAGGAGAGAGCUGUGGUGUGCACCGUGGAUGCACUAAAGGAUAGUAUGGGGAGGGAGCACAGACCAGAUACAGCCUGGCUGAGAGAAAAGGAGAGAGAGACUGUUAAAGAGAAAGAGCGACCAUGGGGCCAUGCAACGGUCAUUAAAGAAGACAGGAAAGACAGCUCUGAUGAUAACGCGUUUGUCGAGAGAGGAGGGCGGGUUAGUCAGCUGCUGAGCAAAUUCGGAGAGCACCCUAAGCCCCCGUCUCGGUCCAAAAGUUCAGACAAUUUCCACAGACCUGCUGUGAGAAAAUACUCUGAAGGUCAAGAUGAACAGCAAUCUGAGGAGAGGAAGGCAGAUGAGAAGAACGCACUGCUCAGGGGUGUGCCCAAACGCUCUUUCAGCUUCUCCGAACGAGUCUUUAGUGCUAAGGAGAACGGUGUGGCUGAAGAGGCUCUCCAAAAGAGGAGAGCGUUUGCAGUGCAAGUGGACGGCUCAGAGAAAGACCCCAUGGCAAAAAUCAAACUGGGACGGGCUUGGGUGUUGGAUAAAGACCUGUCAGGAAAGCACAAGGAUGAACAUGUGAAAAAUGAGGUGCACACUGAGAGAGAGCCCGGACCGAAAAGCCACCCAAGAACUGAGACAGAAAUUUGUACCUCCGCCCAGCACAGAGCAGAAGUAUCAUCAGAGAAAGGCGAGCGCGGUGACAAGAGAGCUGUGGAGAUGGCAGGCGACGCAGACGGAGAUGAGGGCUUCACAGUGGCCUCUGUUAAAAACACAGAGGGUAUCUCUUUUGCGAGAAGAGUCCCCAUCAGGCAGGACGGGAGAGCAAAAGCAACAGAGAGAGAGGUGAAGCGACUGACAGAAGACAGUCGGAGAGCUUCUUUGGAGAAAGGGUGGAGUUUAGAGAAAGGGCGGGAGGGAGUGAGACAGGCUGAGCCGCAGGGAGGCGAAAAGAGAGGGUCUCACUUUCGGAAAGGGGAGGGAACAGAUGGCACGGUCCCAGGUGAAACUGUGCAGCAGAGUUACAUCAUUACCGCAUCAGUAGAUCCUACCAAUCCAUCUCACAGUGCUGAGACUCAAAACAGACAUGCAGCAGCUUUCAUGGAGUGCUCUAAUCUGCUCUGUGCAGUAGCAGACAGGCAAGGUGAAGCUCACAGAGGGGCAGAGUGGAGUGGGACAGGGCCACAAGGACCCUACCUAACCCAGUCGGCAUCGUCCCAACACACGGAGCAGCCUAUCAAUAAAAUAGAGAAAGUAGGAGAAACGACUGUUUAUUGCAGUGACAGAGGAGAGAAGGCUUACAGGGGUGCUUAUGAAUUAAACAAAGACGCACAUGAUGCACAAAUGUAUAAUGAUAUCCGCUCAGAGAGCUUAACUCAUGACGUUAUCCCCAAAUUCCCAAAAAGGAUUGCACCUAUGGGCGCCCCAACGGGUCCCUUGGAGAUUCAGAUCCCCAGGACUGUGUUCUAUGUGGCAGAAGAUAUGAUGGUAGAGAGAAAGAGGCCAGGCAGUCAAAGUGACGAGGGGCAAGAGUGUGAAGCAGGGAGAGGGAUUGAGAGGAGGGAUAGCUGGAGGAUUGGCAAGCCCUUGAGCCGGGUGGAGUCCCUGCGAGAGAAAAUCAGGCAGAAAGAGCUGGAGAGGAUGAGGCGUAAGCAGAGAGGGGCAGAGGAGGAAGGCGUGAGCGAUGGCACCGAAGUUCCUCAGAGAGUAGGGGACAGGUGUGAGGAGGGGGGAAGUGACAUGGAGAGAGAGUGGGAAGCUGCGUCGCAAAUGAGGAAGAGGCUGGCGGAGGCAGAUGGUGGACAGGAAGGCCCGGCAGCACAGACAUCCAUGAAUGCAUUUGACGUCACACAGGAAGUCAGUGUGUUGAAAACCAGCCCUCAGCUUCCUGUUUCUCUGCCAUUCUCACAAGCCGUCAGAGGAGAGGAAGUAGCGAGCGAGUACACCGCCGCUGUCUCCGAAGUUACCUCAGAAAGCCCCCAAAUAUCCGAGGAUGAGGAUGACCUGCUGAAACAUGUUGUGGAGCAGCUGAGACGCCACAGGGCUUUGCAGAGAGAAGACGGCAGCAGAGGAGAAGGAAGGGAGGAAGAAGAGGAAGAACUGUCAGAGCACAAAGAGCAAACAUCGCCUCCCUCUCCUUCGCAAUCUCUGUCCCCCUCUCCACCGCAUCCCAACUCCCUCGCCGCCAUGAGUCGCAUCUACAACUUGAAAACGGUCGGUUCGAGAACGGGCUUGUGCGUGAGGGAGAGGACAGUGGACAUCCCGUCGGUGCGCCUCGUUAAGGUAAAGCCCCACAUAUCCCAUACACAGCAGGAGUCAUAUCAGCAGGAAACAGCUGAUGUGAGGCAGUUAUGGGGUGGAGGGAAGCUUGGGGACAGCAAGGCAAAGUCAGACGAAGAUUUAUCAGGGGUUCAGUCGAUACAGCGGCAGAUAGAGCACUUUCAGCUGAGGGAGCAGGAAGCGUUAAAGUCAUCACAUGAUGGCUGCACGCCACGAAAUGCUCCUCAGACAGACAAGGAGAUAAAAGGGCAGCAGAGUCCCAGAGGAAGAGCGCUGCAACAGGUAAAGGACGAUUUGAGAACACAGCAAAAAGAUCAACAAACGUCAGCAUUAAGCCCCAGAUCAUCGGAGUCAUCUCAGCGGGAUACCUCUUCAACCUCUGAGCUGAAACACACCCAGUCCAGGGUGGUCACCAUCACCCCUAAAAGUCUCAGGAGCCAAUCACCGGACUAUUUCCUGAAACUGCCAGACUGCGCCCCCACCCCUGCCUCCUCCCCGUGCUCACCCUCUCCUGCCCAGUCUCCCAGUGUCUCCCCGUCUCCCACGCCCUCUCCAACCCUGUUCUCCAUCAGAAGUGCUUCCGGGGGCCAAGUGAAAAGAGGUGCCACCAUUACAGUCACCCCCAAGAGGCCCGCUGGUGGAGGGGCAGCAGUGGUCUCCCCACCAGUGGUGCCGUCAGCUGCCAAGGCCCCGGCAAAGCAGACCCCGAGUCCCGCUGCUGUUGCUGAGCCAACGAAGAAGAGAUACCCCACGGUGGAGGAAAUCGAAGUGAUCGGUGGAUAUCAGCAUCUGGAGAAGUCCUGUCUGGUCAAGGGCAAAGGAACCCCCAAAAAGGGGAAGGUGAGUUUCGACGAGGUGCAGCUGGAGCGGGUGUGUGAGUACCCGUCAGAGAGCUCCAUGCUGGCUUGCACCCCUUACCCUCACGAGCUGGUGAGGGACGAGAGGCCGCAGGAGGAGGACACGCCGGACGAAGAGGAGGAGGAGCGAGGGGUGAUGGUGUCCAAGAGCACCAGGAACGUGGGGACGGCCACGGGCCGAGUGCUGAGAGUGGGUCAGUGCCACCCCCUUCUUAAAAAACAUAACGUGUGAUGCUUUGAUGCACGCCGAGACACACCGAAACCUUGGGCUGAGCCGGUGCGCUGCUGUUUCUUUCCUGCUUAUCUUCACUGUGGAGGCUGGAGUGCCUGCUUUCCCUGAAACAAGCAAACCCGCUCUCAGCAAUAAACAGUCAACAUUUCUUCCACGGCUAGCCCAAACAGCUCAUUCUUUCUCCCAGCUGCACGGCCAAUUUUCAGAGUGUUUCAGAGCUUGGGGUAAGGGAAGCCAGGCAAAGCUGCUGUACUAACAAGCUCAGGGAAAAUCUGUCUCGAAUGCAGAAGCACAAAUUGUUAAAACUCAGGUCAAACUAGUGAAUACUGGAGAGCAAAUGGAAUGGUAUGAGGUUGCGUUCGUGGUCCUCACAGAGCCAUAAAUGUCACCGGGUCCCAGAUUCGCCUUAUUUACCUUCCAUCUCCGUCUCUCUGUCUUCCAGAUGAGUCUUGCCCUCGGUAGAAGCCAGUCACCUCGCCAAAUUGCCCAUGUGACCAGAUCACCAACCAUUUUUGUUUUCCAGAAAUAUUAUAUGUUUUCUAAUGUUUAUUUCACUUGAAUUGUCAAUGAGUAUUUGUAAUCCCUGUGAUAUAAAAUAUAUAUAUUUUUUGUAGCAUCAGGGAGAAUGAGUGUUGUGAUAAAUACCUGUUUUAUGCAGUCGAUAAAGGGAAUAUAAUAGUGUUUACUGGGGAAAAUAUCACCUAGUUUUAUUUUCAGUGUCAGGGAAAUGGAAGGAAUGUGAAUAUAAUGUGUGGUACAUAUUGUAAAAGUUAUUGUGAAAGAGUUUUAUUUUGACCCUCAGGUAUGCACUGUUGGGCGACAAUGGAUCACUUGUCUAUGCAAAAUGAUUGAACUUAACCUAAUAGGAUUUUAUUUUGUAGCUAAUAUAUUUAGAUCUUUAUUAAUUACCUUCUGACUUUGAGUAAGCACUGCCUCAGCACCGUGAUGUUUAUAUCAUCUGGUUUCAUGUGCCUGCUGGAUUUGCCCAUACAGAUGAUAUAAAGAUCCAGAUAUUUCAAUUUAUAUGAUCUCGUAUGAAGCCUUUGGAAUGACUUCUGUUCAAAUCUGAAAGUGUUGGUGUGGUUUGUAAGACAGGGAUGCAAGACAGUAGUUGCAGGACUGACUCUUCAAAAGUGAGCCUUACUGUUCACAGUGAAAACCAUGGCAACAGUUUGAUGCUUUAAAUAUAUAGUUAUUUUAUCAUUUUUGUCUUGUGGUAAAUGGAGAAAGCAACUGUGUCGAGAGCACAAACAUUUCAAAUUCAUGUCAUCAUAUUAACAGCUGCUACCUGACAUUUGGCUGUAUUGUGUUUAUGAUAUUAUAUCUUUUUGUCUGUAAAUUCAUAUGUUAAUUGGUUAAAGAGAAUGCGCAUGAUGCAAAUUAUGUGCAAAUUCUUUUCAAAUUAUAGUUAUUGUUUUUAUUUUCUAUAAUGUUUAAGAAGCUGGCUUCAAGAGAAAUCUAAUAAAUAAUUCUGAAAAAAA